UUUACCGGAGACGGUCACACUUUUUAACACGCUAUGGCAAAGCCUAUAAAACAAGCAAUGUUUGUAAUAAAUGUUCAGGAAGAAGAGGCAAAGUGCACAGAAUCACAGUUGGAUAUAUUACUUAAAAUCCAUGAUGGCCAGUACAGGCUAGUAAAAAAGAAAAAACGCAGUUCUGUGUGGAACGUGUACAGGGAAAUUGCCCGUCCGGACGGCACUAAGCUAAAAUGGAGAUACUAUUGCUUGGGAUGCAAGCGUGUAAUGCAAUCAACUGGAGGUACUACGUCCAAUCUGCGCAUACACAAAUGCCAUGUGCGCUAUCUGAAGCAGCACGGCAAAGACGCCGAUUCUUCGAAGACGCCACACAUCCGUAACAAUGAGCAAAGGAUGCCAAUGGCAUCGAGUAAGCGGCAAAUUCAACUGUACGAUGAGUUCAACGAUACGAAGACGACAGUAGAAUACAGCGAUGAGGAAGAUGACUAUGAGGAACUAAACAUCACAUCUGCCUCGAAUGUAGAGAUUGAGCCAAUUGGUUCACCGGAAACAAAUCAUAAAACCAUUGAAAGACCACUUAUCAAGUUGUUCUCAGAGGAUGAGGCCUGGCCACCCGAAAUAACCGAAGAGCAUCCCAUUGAAAUAGACAAUGUUACUGAAGAUGUAUCGAUGGAUUUCAGUAAGGAAACAAUUCGACCCAAUUCUGCGAACGAAAUACACAUUGACGGCAAUGCGAUCUCUGAGGCCGAAAGCUAUGCCCGAGCCUGGGCGCACGCAUUUCUCAAAUUGAGCGAAGAGCAAAAAUUCUAUGCGAAACGAUCGAUUGAUGAGCUUCUAGUAUUGGGCAGAUUGGAACGGUUAAAUCUUUCGACGGUGACAUCGCUGACCACCAAUUUGUAAGGCUCGAAUUAAGUACUCUUUAACAUGGCUAACAUAGGUUUAAUUAAAUUAAUUUUUAUAUAAUAUAAA